AUGAUGGCUGUUCUCACUGUUGCCUUCAGCAUGGCAAAUUACGUUAUCCUUUUGAUCGCGUCAUAUUAUAUCACUGUACUUAGUUACAGGCUGCUCUUGCACCUCCUUAAGUCUUACCCGGGUCCACUGCUGAGUAAUCUCACCGACUUCUACGGUGGCAUAUAUUCCUUCCAGAGGACUCUUCAUUUUAAGACCUGGAAAGAUCAUAAGCAGUAUGGCCCCAUUGUCAGACAAGGCCCAAAUAAACUGAUUUUUAACUCAGUUGCCGCCGUCCAUGACAUCUAUAUGAGCGAGAGUGUCUCUAAAGCCCAAUGUUACCAGGCUGGAAAUGUCAAUCCGUCUAUGACUAACGUGUUCAACACGAUUGACAAACAUGUGCACCGUAUUAAGAGAAGACAUGUGGGCCAGCUCCUUACAGAUCGUUCUGUGCGAACGUUUGAACCCAAGAUGGGUGAGCAAAUCAAUGUGUUUUUGAGGGAGAUACCUUUGACGUAUCAAAACACACCCAGAACACCCAUCAACAUGUCUGAAAGAUGCAAGUAUCUCGGCUUGGAUAUCACCGGAUACCUUGGCUUCGGUUGGCGGCUCAAUAUGUACAUGCAGUUUCCAGCUCUACGAAGAUUACGUCUUGAAAUUCUUUUUUAUGCCCUAGCAAUCAUUCAAGGGAAGAGUUUUCUUCAAGUGCUGUCAAAGAUGAUUCAAUCACGGCUCGCAAAAAAGACAAAUGCUGAGCAUGAUCUGUACGCCUUCAUGGCGAGUGCUCCGGAAACCCCUGAAGGCGACAAGAUCAACAUUAAGGAAAUAUGGAAUGAAGGCAUCUUCUUCCUACCAGCUGCCGGCGAUACGACUUCUACAGCACUGAGCGCUUUAUUAUUCUAUCUGGCUCGAAAUAAACAGUGUCGGGACAGGCUUGCACAAGAGAUCCGAUCAAAAUUCUCUAGUAGUUCAGAGAUAAAAGUCUCGCGAUUACAAGGAUGCCAAUAUCUUCGCGCUUGCAUUUACGAGGCACUGCGGAUGUCACCACCCGUCCCAGGAACACUGUGGAGGGAACAGAUGCCAUCUAGCACGGGCAAGCCGUUUAUUGUCGACGGUCACACAAUUCCUUCAGGCGUCCAAGUUGGUGUGAAUAUCUAUACACUCCAUCGUAAUCCAGAAUACUUCCCCAAUCCGUUUCAGUACGACCCAGAUCGUUGGAUCCCUGCAAAGGGCGACGAAAUCGACAUUCGACCAGAAGAUCAGCACAGCGGUCUCAAGCAUAACCCCGCUUUCAUGCCAUUCUCUCUCGGUGGACGUGGAUGUGCGGGUAAGACUAUGGCGUAUGCGGAGAUUAGCCUUGCAAUGGCAAAAGCGCUGUGUGCCGAGUUUAAGCUACUUGAUAUUUUCACCUCUUCGCAUGAUUGUCCAGAUCUGACAUUUCAACCGCGAGGCGAUCAUUGGAAAGAUCUUCUAACGGUGCACGAAUAA